GACACGUGUGUACGGAAUUGGGGAUUAUAAAUACAUGCAUAGUUCAACUGAACUGUAUCACAGCGUCUGGUGUUAGUAACUGGGUGAGAAAAUUAGUUAAAGGUUAUGCUCUGGAGUCCGAGAUUGAUAGCUUGUUGUAAUAUUCCAGUAUUCCAACUAGAAUAUAGACUAUAAGUACGAACUUUAGAAUUUAACAUUUUAUUUUGUAAAACCGAAAACAUGACAGCAUUUUAAAAUUGCAAAUUGGCAAAGAAAAAAUCCAGCUGCACCAAUGAAUACUGCGAAAGCGAAAAGGGUCAAAUAUAUACUUCAAACUUCAAAAAAGAGGCACCUCUUAAUAGUUUUGAAUCGACCUAUAGAGCAAUAACACCUGCAUUAUUGCAUCAGACAAACCCGACUGCAGAACAAAGUCUGAUGUUUAGCAUCUUCUCACCAACAACGUUUAUCUAAAAGCUAACACUUCUUAUUUCACUAAUACAACUGCCGUGUUUAAUUGCAAAUACACCAACAAUCGAAAUGAAGCUGAAAGAAAUCGUGACAGAGAAAUCCUCGUUGUGGAUUUUCGGGUACGGUUCUUUGGUUUGGAAACCUGAUUUUAAAUUCAGUAGAAGCAAAAUCGGGUACAUCAAUGGCUACAGCAGAAAGUUCUGGCAUGGGGACACGUUCCACAGAGGCAAUAAAGAAACGCCUGGGCGAGUGGUUACCCUCGUGGAAGAUAGUGAAGCUUGCACAUGGGGAGUUGGCUAUGAGGUCCAUGGUGCCCAGAUAGAAGAGUCCCUCAGGUACCUGAACAUCAGAGAGAGUUCGCUGGGUGGGUACGUCACUGAGCUGGUGGAGUUCUACCCGCGUGGCGAGGAUGAGGCGGUGCUGGCACUGGUUUACAUUGCCACCUCGGACAAUCCCAUCUACCUGGGUCCUGCCAGUUCAGAGGAGAUCGCUGCACAGAUCGCCAUGUCCAGCGGCAAAACCGGGCACAACAUUGAGUACCUUGUACGGCUUGCAGAGUUCAUGCGACUGUACUGCCCAGAGGUAGAGGAUGAUCAUUUGUUCUCUAUUGAAACUGCAAUAAUAGCCAUGUUGCCAUACUUGAUAAACAAAAAACGGUCAAUGCCUGUGUUUUAACCUGUUUGUUUCCGGCCUUCCUCCACCACAGAGCAUAAGCUCAUAACCCCCCCCCCCCCCUUUUUUUUUUUUAACUCUUUCCAAGUAAGGUUUACCAGUCUAUAGUUAUUGCACACUUCUGCAUGUGCAUAUUGUACUUUAUAUUCAUACAUGGUACUUCAUAUAUGUCUAGAAGCUCAGAUACAAGUAAUAGUAUGUGUGUGUGUAUAUAUAUAUAUAUAUCAUAGUGUGUGUGUAUAUAUAUAAUAUGAGAAAAUGAAAGGGAAGUCUGUUCAAUAGUAUUUGUUUGUUUAGCCACAAAAGAGAGAAACAAUUUGAAUAAAAUUGUUGCGGUGUAUCACAAUUUUAAAUACCAUUUUAGCUGCUAUUGUGCUGUAAGUUAAUUUAUAGACUCAUUUGCUGCUGUGCCCAAGUGCAGCAUUUCUGCCUCAUCCUGGGUGGUUCCUAUGUAUGCACUGUAUGAAUCAACACUGUUUCAAAAUAUGUUUUCUUCAGUUUUCAGUGGUGCUUUGAUAACUGUAAAUUCCAAUUGGAAAGGAUUAUUUUAAUGCCAAGCUGAUGUAGGUGUAAAUUGAGUUUAAUGGUACCAAUGUAUACUGGCAAUGAAGCUGUUUUAAUGUUGGUCUGCCUCUCAGUAUAGACUUAUUGUGCUUUUGUAGCCAUGUUCACUAUGACAUUGUAUGUAUGCAAAAGCCUGGUACAAGGUGAUCAUGAUUAAUUAAUACCUUUGUUUUGAAAGGAAGUAUUUAGCUUUUACUUUUACAUUGUAUGUACAACCAUACUCCAAUAAAAGUCAACACACACUCGA